CCAUGUAUAUGUGUAGAGGAAAACAAACAUGGAUCUCGGCUCGCUCCUCGACUUAAACACUGUGCUAGUGGCCAUUGUUGUGAUACUGUUGAUCUGCUUGGUCAGUCGGUCACUGCAAUGGCCGGCCAACAUCCCGCCUGGUCCACCUGGCUAUCCUUUAUUGGGAAACCUACUUCUGCUACGACAGGGAAACAUACUGGAUACAUUCCGAAAUCUUCGAAAACAACAUGGCGACGUGUUUAGUGUAAAAGUUGGACCAAGUCUUACCGUUGUUUUCAAUGGGAUUGAUAUAUUGAAAGAAGCUUUUAUCAAGCGCGCGGACGAAUUCUCUGGCAGGCCAUACAGAUAUAUCUCAGAGAAGGUGUUCGAAGGAAAAGGUAUUGGGUCAUCGUCUGGCGAACACUGGAAACUCACCAGGAAAUUUUCCUCGAAAACUCUUCGGGAGUUUGGAUUUGGAGGCAGGUCAUUGGAAUCAAGAGUAAAAGAAGAAACAGCAUCUUACUUAGAUAGCAUUGAGCAACACAACGGGUGCCCGUUUGACAUCAAGCCGUUGACAGUCUUGGCUGUGUCUAAUGUCACAUGCAGUAUUGCAUUUGGAAAUAGAUUUGAAUACACUGACGCAAGGUUUAAGCGAUUGACGUCCCUUUUUGCUGAUAACUUUCGGCUAACAGUGGAGAGCGGAGCUGUAAGAAACCUACCUGGUGCCAGGUACCUUCCUGGGGACAUGUUCAAUAUCAAAAAGUUGAUUAGCAAUUAUAACGAUAUCAAGGAAUGUAUCGAUGAACAAAUUAAUGAACACAGGACAAAGUUUGACGAAGAUAAUCAACGAGAUUUCAUUGAUGCUUUCCUUACCGAACAAAACAAACGAGGCAAGGAUGAACAGAUUUUUGAAGAUAUAAACUUGUCAGCUAUCAUCAUAAAUCUGUUCCUUGGCGGAACUGUCACAUUAUCUGGCAUAUUUGUGUGGGCAAUACUGUACCUUCUUCACAACAAAAACAUCCAGGACAAACUUCGAAAGGAGAUAGAGUCAGUGGUCGGGACGUCCAGGCUUCCGUCACUCGCCGACAAACCCGCCUUGCCUUACAACGAGGCGUUUAUGACAGAAGUACAUCGAAUGGCCAACUUCGCACCAUUUUCUGUGCCUCAUGGUGCCACGAAGGACAUCCAGUUCCGUGGAAUGACUAUACCAAGUGGGUCGAUGAUCCUGGUUUCCCUUGACUCCGUAAUGAACGAUCCCAACAUCUUUGAAAAUCCUGACACAUUUAAUCCCGAUAGAUAUCUAGGACAGGACGGACAACUCAAUGGCAAAGAGAGAAAUGUCAUAUCCUUCUCGCUAGGGCCACGAACCUGUCUCGGAGAAUCCUUGGCAAGGCUGAAACUAUUCACACUGAUGACAUCAUUGCUGCAGAGAUUUGAGAUCCUCCCUGAGGUACCGGACCAACUUCCCUCACUCGAGUCUAUCCCAGGGCUGACACGGGCGCCGAAAGAUUUCAAAUGUCGGAUUGUUAAGAUUUAAUGAUAAAUGUUUGACUCAAUGA